AUGCUUUCUGCUUUGAGAACCACUUCUGUGCGCUCCGCCAGAACCGCUUUCGCUCCAAUCGGUGCCCUCAGAACCAAGGUUUCCUUGCCCGACUUGGACUGGGACUUUGGCGAUCUUGAGCCCUCCAUCUCUUCUAAGAUCAAUGAGCUCCACUACCUUAAGCAUCACCAGACCUAUGUCAAUGGUUACAACCAGGCCAUUGAGCAACAUGCCGAGGCUGCCGCUCAAGGUGAGGUUAAGAAGACCAUUGAAUUGCAGAAGUUGAUCAACUUCCACGGUGGUGGAUACUACAACCAUUGCUUGUUCUGGAAGAACUUGGCUCCUGAGAAACAGGGCGGUGGUGAGGCUCCAUCUGCCAGCUCCGACUUUGGUAAGCAGAUUGCUGAGCAGUAUGGUUCUCUCGACAACUUGAAGUCCAUCACUAACGCUAAGCUUGCCGGUAUUCAGGGUUCCGGUUGGGCCUUCAUUGUCAAGAACAACGAGAACGGCGGCAAGUUGGACGUUGUCACUACUGCCAACCAGGACACCGUUGGUGGCCCAUUGGUCCCAUUGGUUGCCAUUGAUGCUUGGGAGCACGCUUACUACUUGCAAUACCAAAAUGUCAAGGCUGACUACUUCAAGGCUAUCUGGAAUGUGAUUAGCUGGAAGGAGGCUGAGAAGAGAUUCAAUGCUUAA